ACGUACAAGUGUCGUUAGUUUAAUUCAGCAGUAUGAUGAUUACCUAAAAAGGUCGCAUAACAAAUACUAGUGAUAUGCAUGGCUGAAGGAUUGUUCGCCGGUUCGUGUUUUUGAAGCCAGUGAUCGCGCUAUAAACCUGCGACUGAUAACUUGCUGUGGUCUGUACAAAAUGAGGCAGCACGAUAGCAAAACGAAAGUCAAUGGUUGUCUGCCCUUUAAGUCCACCAUGUUAUUUCAACCACAAAUUAGAAAAACUAGUAGGAAAUACUUGAUGAAAGAACAGAUGAAAGAACGGGAUGGCGCCAAGCUUUUGUGUAUGCGGAUGGAAGCAAGUACCAUUACCGAGAGUGUAUCAUCACCUAACAUUAUCCUUGGUAGAAAAUCUUCCCCUCCUUCACCAUCACCAAGGUUUCUCAUGCCUGUCAUAUCACCUGUUGAUUCUGAUGAUGAAGAUUCUUAUGAAGACAUGCCUACCGUGACCAAGUAUCAAAGUGAAGGGGAUAUCAAAAAGCUAUCAACUCUUGAAAGAGAAGAGAACUCUAGUCGCCUUCAAGAGCUAGAGGCACUGGAAGCAUGCUAUUGGUUGAAGGCAGCAGGAUUUCCUCAAUAUGCUCAAUCAUAUGAAGAGGGGAGAUUUCCUAUAGAUAUAGCAGUAGUCAUCAAAGAACAUGACUUCCUUGAUGAAGACUCUUUACAGUCUCUCUACAGGCGACUUCAGACACUUAACCACUGUUCAAAAAUGAACCUUCACAUUAAGCACAUCGAUGGGUAUGACUCUGAUGAAGAAGAUCUUAUCACUUUAAGUUCAAGAUGGAAACUCCAGAACAAAAACAGAAAUUGGUCAAGACGUAAAAGGCCCUCAUCACAAUUAAGUGGGAGUGAAUCUUCCAACUCAGCAUCAAACUCAAACUCAACAAAUUCAUUAAGACACAAAUCUGGAUCAACUGAUGUACUGAAUGAGAGAUGCAUAGACUCAAAUGUCAAGCAACUAUCAUUGCAUGGAGUUGACAAGCUUUCACCUAAGAAAUCGUUAUCUCCAUUGAACCUUUCGUUGCAAGAAGGAAUUCGUUCUAGUUUAUAUGACAAUAUGCCUAGUGGUAUUUCCCUUAGUACUCCAUCAAUAUCAAGUGUCUCCAAUGAACAUAAUCAAGGAUCAGCAUUAAGAAAGUCACACAAAAACCAUAGAACUAACUUCACUACUAGUGACUUAGACCUUGCUGAAACUGGUUUAUCUGCAGAUGAACUGUCUGACAAUGAGGAGUAUGAAAAGGAUGAUGUGCCAUCAGAAUUAGUAAAUGUGAAAAAUUCUAGAAUUACUGAUCUUUCUGAAAAUGGUACUUCUGAUGGAUUGCCGAAGUCUCAUAUACAAAGGACGAGAUGGCAUAGCUUUGAAAGGUCAACAAAGCCACAUAUACAUGUACUGUCGACAAAGAUUUGUAAACUUUCUGCUGGACAACUAGCUGUACUAAGAAAGUACUCUUUGCUAAAACUGACAGCUCUGAUGGAGAGAUAUGCACACUCUAACAGAGGAAUGUGGAAUUGGUCAUUUCCACAGUUCCUUAAGAAGUUCAAGACGCCUGACUACAGAGACAAGAAAGUGUUUGGAGUUCCCAUGUCUGUGAUACUUCAGCGUAGUGGCCAACCUCUACCAAAGUCUAUUCUCUUUGCAAUGAAUUAUUUACAAAGAACAGGAGUUGAAGCUGUAGGCAUCUUUAGGAAGUCUGGUGGAAAAUCACGUAUCCAGAACUUGAAAGAAAUGAUGGAAACUGACCAAGAUCUGACUGAUUUCGAGGGAAUGUCACCAUAUGACCUAGCAGACAUGCUGAAGGAAUAUUUCAGAGAUCUUCCAGACCCUAUCCUGACAUCCAAGCUUGCAGAAACGUUCAUAGCUAUUUAUAGCCACAUCCCAGAAGAAUUGAGGUUAGAGGCACUACAAGGAGCCGUCCUUUUGAUGCCUGAUGAGAACAGGGAAGCCCUACAAACACUGCUACUCUUUCUCAAUGAUAUAGCUGCUAAUGCACCUGUAAACCAGAUGAAUGAGAAGAACCUUGGUGUUUGUUUUGCACCAUCACUAUUUCACUUGUGUGGAUCUAAAGAAGACCCUUCUGCACCGAAGCGCCAGAAAAGAACCCCAAUGAACAAAGCUUCCAAGGAGCUUACUGAUAACUUGGCCGCACAUGAAUGCCUCACUCAAAUGAUAAUCGAAGUAGACAGAAUAUUCACGGUUCCUGAAGACACCUUAAUGAAAAGCAGGUUUUCUUUCAUUGAGCAAAGUCAACCAGCUCCCCUUGAAAAGCUGGGUAAAAACAAGGCUAAUCCCUCUGAUGACUACAACACAUACAUUGAAUCUUGUAUUACUGGCUUACUGAAGGAAGCCAAAGACAAGUUCAAGGGCUGGGUAUCUCAUCCAUGGCAUGAAAACCAAGUUGAAGUUUCUUACAAGAAGAUCCGUGAUGGAUGUCCCCUAAGACUGUGGCGGGGAGUGGUUGAUGUAGAUGCUCCUCCACAGCAUGUGCUCCGAAGAAUCACAGAGGAGAGACAUCUUUGGGAUGAAGACUUGGAGACUUGGGAUGUGGUAGAAAAGAUCUCAGAAGACAUUGAUAUCUUUCAUUAUGUAACCCAAUCCAUGAUACUGCAACCAAAGAGAAGACAUGUAGUGCUGAGAGCAAGAAGGAGAAAUCUUGAGCAUGGUUCAUGUGUGUUGGUGUGCACAUCAGUAAGCCAUCCAGAAGCACCUCUUAUACAAGGUGUUGAAGCAACUGUUCUAGCACAACGAUAUCUGAUAGAACCAAUUGGUAUUGGCCAAUCAAGACUCACCCACAUCACAAGGAUAGAUUUAAGGGGAAGAACACCUGAAUACUAUAACAAGAUAGGACCAGUGGUUGCAGCUUCCAUUAUGAAAAUCAAAGAAUCUUUUCCUGUUGGUUGUGAUGGCCCAGAAACAAAGGUUUAAAUUAAUAAUAAUGAUCAAGAUAGGUAAACUAAGAUCUCUUAAAUCAUUCUCAGCUGACUGCAUCAUACAAAUUUUUGGUAUCCAUGCAUGUAUAUAUUCAUACACUAUAAUAUUUCCUAGUAUACUAUUUUCUUCACAAUUAUGGUGCAUUGAAUGUCCUAGGGCAGGUCCUCACAUGGGGCUGCAUUGAGCUGUCUAUUCAUUUCAAAUCACCAUUAUUGACAUUUCUUUACAAACAUUUUCUUUAUAUAUUGGGCUGUGAAGAAGGCCCCUUUGAACACAAAAAAGACUCAGAAUUCUAUGAUCACUUGCCUCAUUUUGUAUAUAUUUGAGGUGAAAAUGUUUGACUAAAACCCACUCACGAUGACAAUUCUAAACUUAUUCUUCAUGGCUCAAUUUUUGGAGCCACACAAUUUCUCUUUUUUUGUUUUCUUUUUGAUUCAUUGCUUGUAAACUAUCUUUCAGCAUCCCUUAGUUUUUCAUUAAAUUAUUUGAUGCCAAUCAUUAUUAUAUAUUCUAAUAUAUUAAUAAUUAUUCCUCUCAAGACGCCAUUUAAAAGAAUUCAAGCUUGUAAAUAUUAAUUUUCCUAAUAAACCGUUAUUAUUAUUAUUAUUA